GCUCUUUCCUGUUGUCCACGUGAUCGCUGUGUGCUAGGUCGGAGCUGCGAGCAUGGCGGAUCAGCGCGUGGUGCCCAGCGAUCUGUUCCCUCACGUGCUGCGUUUUCUGCAGGACAACCAGUUCAUAAAUGCGGCUAAAGAGUUUAAGAAGGCCACCGGGGCGAAGGAUCAGGACGCUAGCCCGGCCUCGCUUCUUGAGAUUUACAGUGAUUGGAUUAAGUCUCCAGAUUCAAAGAAAAGGAAACACCCAGUCAAUGGUCUGCCUGCUAAGAAAUCUGCCAAGGAAUCCAGCAGCGAUGAGAGCUCUAGUGAAGAUGAGGAGCCACCUGCAAAGAAACAGGCUGUUACAGCAGGCAAAAAGCCCAUACCCAAAGUGCCUCCACCAAAGAAAGCCAAAAGCAGCAGUGAAGACUCCAGUGAUGAUUCUGACUCUGAAGAAGACACUAAGAAAGCUCCUCCACAGAAAAAGACCACUCCUCAGGUGAAGGCAACAAAUGUCAAAACGCCACCUCAGAAGAAAGCAAAGGACUCCAGCUCUGACUCUAGUAGUUCUGAAGAUGAAGCGCCUAAGAAAAAACAGCUACCUGUCACUAAGUCCCCAGUAGCAGCAAAGACCACUCCAGUGGCAAAGCCUGCUGCAAAAGCUAGAAAAUCUGACAGUAGCAGUAGCGAAGAGUCAGACGAUAGCACACCAGCAAAGACAGCAGCUACCAAGACUCCGCCGGCCAAGUCCCCUGCAGCUGUCAAACCUCCAGUUAAGAAGGUAGCCAAGGGUAAGGAUAUCAGUGAGGACUCUUCUGACAGCUCUGAAGAUGAAGCCCCAGCUGCAAAGGCUAAACCAAAGCCAGGUGUGUAUAGUGCUGUCCCUCCCCCAACAGUAGGUGGAAAAGGUACGCCAAAGGCAAAUGCUAAAAAAGCAGAAAGCAGCAGUGACUCUUCAGAUAGUGAUAAGAAGGAACCGCCAGCAAAAAAAGGAAAGACCACUCCGAGUAAGUCUCCUGCGCAGCCUCCAAAACCUGUGGCAAAAAAGGCAAAAGAGUCAUCCAGUGAUACAGAUUCAAGUGACGAAGAUGAGAAAAAAUCGACUAAACCAGUACCAAAAAAUACUGCUGUUAAGAAUUCCACCCCUUCAUCCCAGAAAAGUACACCAGUAAAGCCUGCCCAGGCCAAGAAGGACUCCAGCUCUUCUGAUAGCUCUGACUCAAGUGAUGAAGAUAAGAAGGCAGCAGCUAAGCCUGCUGGGAAAACUCCACCUGCAAAGCCUGCUGGGAAAACUCCACCUGCAAAGCCUGCUGCAAAAGUGACCCCUGCAAAAGCGGCAGCAGCCAAAAAGGAUGCAAGCUCCUCUGACAGCUCGGACUCGAGUGAUGAAGAAAAGAAGGCACCAGCAAAGCCUGCUGCAAAGGUGACCCCUGCAAAACCUGCUGCAAAGGUGACCCCUGCAAAACCUGCUGCAAAGGUGACCCCUGCAAAACCUGCUGCAAAGGUGACCCUUGCAAAAGCUUCAGCUGCCAAAAAGGAUGCAAGCUCUUCUGACAGCUCAGAUUCAAGUGAUGAAGAUAAGCAGCCGGCUAAGCCCCCAGUGAAGACCACUCCUGCCCAAAAGAAACCACCAGUGAAGACUACCCCUGCACAAAAGAAAAAAGAUUCCAGUUCCGACAGCUCUGACUCCGACAGUGAUGAAGAAGCUAGCAAAAAACCUGCUGCUAAACAGACUUCUACGGCAAAGACUCCUCCCACCAAAAAGAACAAUGAGCUUGACAAAAAGACCCCUGUAAAAGCUGCUACCCCCAAGGCUGCAGAAAGCAGUUCAGACAGCUCAAGUAGUGAAGCGGAAAAAAAGACUGUAAAAGCUGUCAAAUCCCCUGCUUCUGCAAAGAAGCCCAUUGCUGUAAAUAAGUCAAAGGCGAGUAGUAGCUCCUCAGACACUUCCAGUGAUGAAGAGGAGAAGCCUAAAAAGCCUGCUGUGAAAAAGACAUCCGUCCCAGUAAAGAAAGCAAGUAGCAGUUCUGAAGACAGUAGCUCAGAAGAGGAUGAUGUUAAGAAGCCAGCAGCUACCUCAAAGUCACCGGCAUCUGCUAAACCAGCUACUCCUAAGACUGCUAACUCCACACCGAAAGCAGCUGUUAAGAAACCAGAGGAGAGCUCAGAGGACAGUUCCAGCGAAGACGAAGAGAAUGAUAAUUCUGUUAAGCAGAAAACAGCGGGAAAAACACCUGAGAAUAAGAAUAUUAAAGUGUCAACUCCAAACACAUUCCCCAAGGCAAACAAGAAGGAAGGUGUCAAAAAUGUCCCAUUCCGAAGAGUAGUUGAAGAAGAAGUGGAAGUUGAUCCUCGGGUUGCUAAUAAUUCAUUUGAAGCAAAGAGAGGGGCAUUUGGAGACUGGGGGGAGAGAGCCAACAAUGUCCUAAAAUACACAAAGGGAAAGUCCUUCCGCCAUGAGAAGACGAAGAAAAAGCGAGGCAGUUACUGUGGUGGUGCCAUUUCCACAACUGUGAAUUCUUUUAAGUUUGACAGUGAAUGAAUGAACUAAACUGACGGCUUCCAGUGGACUUAAUUCUGACAUUGUCCAUAAUUAAUUUCUGGACUCGUGUUGCGUCCGUUCAAGAGUUUUUUUUUUUUUGUAUGAAACAGAUUUGGGGUUUGCUACAAAGUAUCAUUUCUGUAUAUUUAUAAAUUUGCAAUUACCUCCUGCGACUUUUUUUUUUUUUUAUUAUUUUUAAGGGGUCAUUCAGUUAGUGAAAUAAAUUUUUUAAAUAAAGGUCAAAACGGCUUAAAAAUAAAAGUAAUAAUUUUCUGAUCCCCCAAUUCUCUUCUCCCAUUUGUGUCCCCCCGACCUUUCCUGGUUUCUCUUGACAUGGAACUCACCAAAUCACUGCAAUCAAUGGUCCAGCAGGGACUUUAUUUUUACUAAAGCUACUUUCACACUAGCGGCAGGACAGAUCCGACAUGCUUUUCACCCUGUCGGAUAUCUC